CCACCCGGAGUCGAACAUCAGCCGCGAGUCAGUCGACCGCCUUCCACGACGUCGCGACCUAACUUAACCUAAACCUAAACACCGCUAGUUACUUCCGUGUUCGCUUUCGCUUCGUAAACAUUUCGUGCACACGUUCUGUGUUUCAAAAACGUUUACCUGAUUAAUUUCACUGGAAAUUUGGAGAUGAUCAGCCGAAUUUAAAAGAGAUCGUACACGAUGGCCGCACGGAAUGAUCGGCCCAACAUAGGGCUCAUAUUCUGUAUGCUGGCUUGUAUCUCAACCUGCUUCAGUGACCCAGAGGUUUACUACGAGAAGCAGCGCUACGAUGGCUGGUUCAACAACAGAGCUUAUCCUGACUGGGGCUCCGUGGGAAGUCGGCUCACACGAAAGACUCCGGCUUCAUAUGCAGAUGGAGUAUACAUGAUGGCGGGUGUAGACCGACCUGGAGCCAGGACUCUAUCGAAGCUUUUCAUGAGGGGACAGGAUGGCCUUCCUUCGCUGGCUAACAGGACUGCCUUACUCGCUUUCUUUGGCCAAGUAGUGACCGGUGAAAUAGUGAUGGCAUCAGAGUCAGGGUGUCCCAUCGAACAGCACCGCAUCCCGGUAGACCAAUGCGACCACAUGUACGACCCCGAGUGCCACGGGGCGAUGUAUAUGCCGUUUCAUAGAGCUGCUUACGACAGAUCAACUGGACAGAGCCCCAACAGUCCAAGAGAACAGAUAAACCAGAUAACAUCAUGGAUCGACGGCAGCUUCGUGUACAGCACGAGCGAGGCCUGGGUGAAUGCAAUGAGGUCAUUUCAGAAUGGAAGUCUCGCGAGUGAAGGAGGGCUGCCCAUGCGCAACACAAAGCGCGUUCCGCUGUUCAAUAACCCUGUUCCACAUUAUAUGAGGAUGCUCAGUCCUGAACGACUUUUCCUGUUGGGAGAUCCACGUACCAAUCAGAACCCAGCGAUGGUAACCUUCGGUAUACUACUGAUGCGUUGGCACAAUGUGGUGGCCGCGCGGAUUCAUCGACAGCACCCGGACUGGAGUGAUGAGCAGUUGUUCCAGAGAGCGCGCCGAAUUGUGAUCGCUAGUUUACAGAACAUCAUCCUUUACGAAUACGUGCCCGCGUUUCUCGGGGUCCCCAUUCCACCGUAUGGAGGAUACCGUGCAGAAUUAGCUCCCGGUGUUACACAUGCCUUUGCCACAGCCGCGUUUCGCUUUGGGCAUACCCUGGUACCGCCUGCUAUGCUACUCAGAGACAGGAACUGCAGAUAUGGCAGAGCACCCGGUGGACACGACGCUAUAAGAUUAUGUCAGACAUGGUGGGAUGGCAACGAUGUAAUGUCGCAAGUGCCUAUAGAAGAAGUUCUUAUGGGAAUGGCAUCACAACUAUCGGAGAGGGAGGACGCACUCCUUUGCUCAGAUGUUAGAGAUAAUCUCUUCGGGCCUAUGGAGUUUUCAAGGCGUGAUCUUGGUGCCUUAAACAUUAUGCGUGGAAGAGAUAACGGCUUGCCCGACUACAACACCGCAAGAGAAUAUUUUGGUCUAAAGAAAAUAAAAACAUUCAACGAAAUCAAUCCACAACUGUUUGAAAACAAUCCCGAUUUGCUGCAAAAUCUUAUUCAAAUUUAUGAAGGCAGACUUGACAAUAUCGAUGUUUAUAUUGGUGGAAUGCUCGAGUCAACUGGUCAUCCUGGAGAAUUGUUUAGAGCGAUCAUUAUAGACCAAUUUGUUAGAAUACGGGAUGCAGAUAGAUUUUGGUUCGAAAAUGAGGGAAACGGAAUUUUCACUCGUGAGGAAAUCGAAGAACUUCGGAAAAUUAGAUUGUGGGACAUAAUCGUUAACAGCACAGCAGUGGGGCCCAAUGACAUACAACGAGACGUGUUCCACUGGAGUGAAGGAGAUCCGUGUAGACAACCUUACCAGUUGAACGCUUCUAAGCUUCCGCCCUGCAAAUAUUUAAAAGGAUAUGACUAUUUUGAGGGUAACGAGUUCGCUUACAUCUAUACUUGUUUGAUCCUUGCAUUUGUACCAAUACUGUGCGCAGGCGCCGGUUAUGGAGUGGUAAAAUUGCAGAACAGUCGCCGACGCAAGCUUAAGAUACAACAGGAACAUUUGAAAAAUGCUGAACAAAAAGGUUCGGUGGAUAAAAUGGUGUGUCGUGAAUGGGUGCACGCUUCCUAUAAAAGACUAGUGAAGCUGAGACUUGGUCCAGAAUCUGCACUUCACGUAACCGAUCGUAAGGGGGAUAAAUUACGUACAGUACCUUUAGAGCAUACCGAUCAACUCACAGUAUUAGAGAGUCAGGAAACUCGGAAUAACAAACGGCCCCUGGUUUUGAUAAGAGUGCAGCGUGAACACGAUCUUGUCUUAGAAAUGGACUCGGUCGCAUCGCGACGCAAAUUUCUCGUCAAAUUGGACACAUUUCUUGCACAACAUAAAAAGGCUUUGAAUUUGACCCAGGGGCAUCGAGACCAAAUAUUAGCAUCAGCAGAAACAAGGGAACGACGACAGCGGAAAUUAGAACAUUUCUUUCGAGAAGCCUAUGCUAUUACUUUUGGUCUUGCACCCGGUGAAAAACGAAGGAGAAACGAAGAUUCUGAUCCAGAGUCUAUUGUGAUGAGGACAUCGUUAUCAAAAAGUGAGUUUGCAAGCGCUCUUGGAAUGAAAGCAGAUGCAGUUUUUGUCAAGAAAAUGUUCAAUAUUGUCGAUAAAGACAGCGAUGGAAGAAUAUCGUUUCAGGAAUUUCUAGAUACAGUAGUAUUAUUUUCUCGUGGAGCAACUGAUGACAAACUUCGGAUUAUAUUUGACAUGUGCGAUAACGAUAGGAAUGGUGUUAUUGACAAGGGAGAACUGAGUGAGAUGCUGCGCUCCUUGGUCGAGAUUGCGAGAACAACAUCUUUAAGAGAUGAACAUGUAACUGAACUAAUUGAUGGAAUGUUUUCUAAUGCUGGUCUUCAACAUAAAGAUCACCUCACUUAUUCAGACUUCAAAGUGAUGAUGAAAGAAUAUAAAGGGGAAUUUGUUGCUAUUGGUCUCGAUUGCAAAGGUGCCAAACAGAACUUUUUAGACACAUCGACCAACGUCGCAAGAAUGACUAGUUUUCAUAUUGAACCAUCGAUGGAACAAUCCAGACAUUGGUUCCUACUGAAGUGGGAUUACUUAACAACUUUCUUAGAAGAGAACCGACAAAAUAUAUUCUACCUAUUCAUCUUCUACGUGGUUACUAUUGGUCUGUUUGUUGAAAGAUUCGCACAUUACUCUUUUAUGUCUGAACAUCUGGAUUUAAGGCAUAUCAUGGGUGUUGGUAUAGCCAUAACGAGAGGAUCUGCAGCCUCGUUAUCUUUCUGCUACUGUCUCUUAUUACUUACAAUGUCAAGAAAUUUGUUAACUAAGUUAAAGGAGUUCAGCAUUCAGCAAUACAUCCCGCUAGAUUCAAGUAUCCAAUUCCAUAAGAUAGUCGCCUGCACAGCUCUGUUCUUCUCGCUGCUUCACACAGCAGGUCAUAUGGUGAACUUCUACCACGUUUCCACUCAGCCGGUUGAGAAUCUACGUUGUUUAACCAAGGAAGUCCAUUUCACUUCAGACUUCAGGCCGGGGAUAACGUAUUGGGUGUUCCAGACAGUUACAGGUGUUACUGGCGUCUUAUUGUUUAUCAUAAUGUGCAUAAUAUUCAUAUUCGCACACCCAACUAUACGCAAACGUGCAUAUCCAUGGUUCUGGCGAGCACAUUCCUUGCACGUGGCUUUAUAUGCACUGUGCCUUGUUCACGGACUUGCGAGGCUCACCGGUGCACCGAGGUUCUGGAUAUUCUUCCUUGGACCGGCAAUCAUUUACACUCUUGAUAAGGUCGUGUCAUUACGAACAAAAUAUUUGGCUUUGGAUGUACUGGAAACUGAGAUGCUGCCAUCUGAUGUCAUAAAAAUUAAAUUCUAUAGACCACCCAAUCUUAAAUAUUUGUCAGGGCAAUGGGUUCGGCUAGCUUGUACGGCGUUUAAAAAAGAAGAGUUCCAUUCUUUCACACUAACAUCGGCGCCUCACGAGAACUUUCUUUCGUGUCAUAUCAAAGCACAGGGGCCUUGGACUUGGAAGCUCAGGAAUUAUUUUGAUCCUUGCAACUAUAACCCGGAGACUCAGCCUAAAAUUCGAAUUCAAGGUCCAUUCGGCGGUGGUAAUCAAGAUUGGUACAAAUUCGAAGUGGCAGUGAUGGUCGGUGGUGGCAUUGGAGUCACUCCGUAUGCUUCUAUACUGAAUGAUCUAGUCUUUGGAACGUCUACUAAUCGAUAUUCAGGAGUUGCUUGCAAGAAGGUAUAUUUCCUCUGGAUUUGUCCAUCGCACAAGCACUUCGAAUGGUUUAUUGACGUCUUACGCGAUGUGGAGCGAAAGGAUGUCACGAAUGUUCUCGAAAUACACAUAUUUAUCACACAAUUCUUUCACAAGUUCGACCUUAGGACUACAAUGUUGUAUAUCUGCGAGAAUCACUUCCAGAGGCUAUCUCGGACGUCCAUGUUCACAGGGCUAAAGGCCGUAAAUCAUUUCGGGAGGCCUGAUAUGUCGUCUUUUCUCAAGUUCGUUCAAAAGAAACAUAGUUACGUAUCAAAAAUUGGUGUGUUCUCCUGUGGUCCGCGACCGCUUACAAAAUCUAUCAUGUCGGCGUGCGAACAAGUUAACCGAACUAGACGUUUACCGUACUUCAUACAUCACUUCGAAAACUUCGGAUAAAGUCAUCUAAACUGUGGUCUCAAUAAACUAAUUAAUUUAAUUAUUUAAACAAUUGUAAUUAACGGAGAAAUUUUGUUACUAUUAUGCUAAUAAGGGAUUAUUGAAUAUUUAUUUUUUACAGCUUAAAACUCUUUGCUCGAGAAUGAUGUAGUUACCAAUUUUGCUAAUAUUGAUUUUGAAUUUAUUAUUAAAUAUAUACCAAUAGCAUAAUAGUUGCAAAUAUUCUUGUCUAGAACUUAGCAAAAUACUGCCUAUCCUACUGUAAUAAUGCUGGUUAAAAUUGUCGAUUUUACAGUUUAUUCAGCCAUAUUCGACUUUAUGUUUCCUUGUAUCGUGGUAUUAGCAUUUUGUUGAUAAUUAUAUUGAAAAUUGUAAUUGUAAUAACAAAAUGACUUAUAUUUGAAGACUAUCGAUAUUAUAAUUUUAUCAUUGUAAUUUGUAUACGUAUUAUGACGUGCUAUUUCACAAUUAUUAUUAUUUAUUUUUCUUAGAUUAAAAUACGAAAACUUCUACACUGCCUUCCCUUUUUUACUACUAUAUAAUAAAAAAAUGUACUUCUUAUGAUAAUUGUACUUAUUAAAUUCUAACGAGUGAAUAUCAUUUAGUCUAAGGUUGUAAAUGAUUAUUACCUAUUUAUUUAAAUUUCCUUGUUCGUUAGUGUUAAUUUUUCUAAAUUCCAGUACAAAAGACGACCUUAUAGCAUUUUAUUGUACAAAAAUAUUAAAAAGAUAAUAAAUAUGUAGUUUUGUAAAAUACUCAUUCUAAUCGCUUUUAAAAAAUUGUAUUUAAUUGAUUGUUAAAUUAAAAUUCCGAAGAGAUGCUUUUAAUUGUAAAUAAGGUAGAAUUGUAGAUAAUAUAAUUUAAUCGGCUAGAUAAUGUAAGAGUUACCGACUUUUAAAUUUUACUUUGUAAAUAGGUUUGCAAUAAAUUUUGUUUCCUAUAAA